CAUACCGUCGCUAUAGAGAGAGUUAGUCACGGCGGCAAGUCCACCGUGACUAAGUGCCCAAGAGGUGCCCUCCUUGGUUGAGGCCGUCAAAAUAGUGCCUAGAGCUUGUGCUCAUAUACAUGAACUCUCAUUUCCCUCCCUCUGAUUUUCAAAGCACUCCUCACUCUUUUGAGAUCUUGCUGAGAUCGUCCGUUCUUUUUUUUUAAUUUGCUGUACACACUCUCGCUUCCUUCUCGUUCAGUCACUCCUUUAGCCCUUUUCAGACCAUGUCUCAACGAACGCACAUUGGUGGCAUUCCUCUUAGCUACCUCUCUCUGGCUACUCUGGCAAUUCAAAAUGCGGCCCUUAUCCUGGUCAUGCACUACUCUAGGGUCAUGCCUAUCACAGGAAGUCAUCAGUAUUUCACGUCGACUGCCGUCCUUCUCAAUGAAGUACUUAAGCUAGCAAUUGCUCUCGCGGUCGCUUUAUACGAUGUGAAAAUGGAAUCUAGCGAGGCAAGCUACUUUAAUCUACGUAACUGGCGCACGCUAUACGAUCAGGUGUUUUCCGGUGACAGCUGGAAGCUUGCUAUUCCGGCGGCAUUGUACACCAUCCAGAACUCUCUUCAGUAUAUUGCAGUGAGCAAUCUUGAUGCCGCUACAUUUCAGGUGACCUACCAGUCAAAGAUAUUGACUACAGCUAUAUUCAGCGUGACUAUGCUCGGUAGAUCCUUGUCCCUUAAAAAGUGGCUGUCCUUGGUCAUUCUCAUGUUUGGUGUGGGAAUCUCGCAAUUACCUUCAAACGUUUCCAGUAGUCAGAAGACGGCGAGAGCUGUAGCGGAGCAUGCAGAAAUGAAUCGCUUUGUUGGACUAAUGGCAGUGUUCAUCGCUUGCGCCAUUUCUGGUCUUGCCGGCGUAUACUUUGAAAAGGUUCUCAAAGACGGAAAGAAGGCCACUGUAUGGGUUCGCAAUGUCCAACUGUCCUUCUUCUCAAUCAUACCGGCCAUCCUCGGUGUUUUGCUCAAAGACGGUGGAGCAAUCGCGGAAUACGGGUUCUUCGCUGGCUACAACUCCGUUGUUUGGACAGCAAUCGUCUUUCAGGCGGUUGGCGGUCUACUCGUCGCUUUGGUCGUCAACUACGCCGACAAUAUCGCCAAAAAUUUUGCCACGAGCAUCAGCAUCAUUAUCAGCUUCUUCGCAAGUGUCUACUUGUUCGAUUUUCCCAUCACUAUCACUUUUUUGGUUGGUAUGGCUGCCGUGCUCUACGCUACUUUCCUUUAUAGCAGCCCCGAUCGAAAGACGCCUUCGAAACCUGUCGAACCUCUAUUGGAGACGCAUCCAGAUGAUGAAGAGUCCACUUACUAUGACAAUGAACGCAUCACAGUUACUCAGGAAAAGCUGGGAUGAGCCUUUUCUUGAGUGCUAGAACUACCGCCAAUCACUUUCUUGUCCGUUGCUUCGUAACUAGAGCGUCUGGAGCCCUAGCCAGUUUUCAAUGCGCGAAAUACUUUAGGAUGCCAUUUGUCUAACGGCGUAUACGAGAAGAGAACAUAGCUAGGACGAUGAUUUAGGUGAUGCAACAUAAGUAGUCGCCGCUGAAAGAGCACGCGACACGAUGGACUGAAACUCAAAGUGCACAAUCGCGCCCUGCCUUCCAUGCAAAUGACUUCGCCAGCAAAUGUCUAUAAUUAUUAAUCUCGUCUGGCAAAACUCAUCGAUGGCUGAAUGCGUCAGAACUUAUGGGUAAUCAAUGAUAUCACGAUUUUUUCCA